AUGAAGUUGUUGCCUGGCAGCACAGUGCUGGCUGGGAAGCACGUGAGGUGGCUGGGAGCCUUGGACUGCUCAUCCGCUUCUCCAGCCAAUGCCCUUCAGAGUGCUUGUAGUUGCGGAGGUUUGGCAGAGGGCAUGCCUCGGUUUGGGAAGUUGAAUUUUGUUCAGGACAUGAAACGACACCAAUGGCCUCUGCGUUGGGGAUGUGUUUGCUCACAUGCCAUGAUACUGCGUUGUGUGAUGGCGGUGCUGCAUUGGUGUGGACUGGGGCUGGGGCAAGGUGUGAGGAUGGUGUGUGGGGCAGAGGCUUGUCUGCUCUUCUCGUCAGUAACUCUGUACUUUCUUGACAGAUUGUUGGCAGAGCUCCUUGUGCUUGUGCUACGAAAUGCGGGGCAUGGCUGUGCUGGACAGCAGACUGUGGGUCCCUUAGGCCGCUGCACAGAGGGCAUGCGCUGGAACCUACACAGAGUGACGUCUGCACACAAACUCUCUAGAGAUUUUCUUCAAUUCUCUUCAGAUCUGCAUGCGAAUGGGACAAACUCUCACUCUGAGCCACCUAUAGGGCUCAACGUGAGUCAGCACUGA